AUGGCCACAGUUCAAGGAUGGACAGACAUGAGGAGCCUCAGCCUCCAAGUCAUCACCGGCCGUUGGUUCCUGAUGUUCGCCUCCUUCUUAAUCAUGGUAGCCGCCGGAGCCACCAACAUGUUCGGCCUCUACUCCAGCGAAAUCAAAAGCACCGUCGGAUACGACCAAACCACCCUCAAUCUCCUCAACUUCUUCAAGGACUUUGGCGGCAACGUUGGCAUCCUCUCUGGCCUCAUCAACGAGCUAACCUCACCCUGGGUGGUUCUAGCCAUCGGCGCAAUCCUCAACCUGUUCUGCUACCUCAUGAUUUGGUUCUCCAUCACCAAAAGAGUUGUGAGACCAACGGUCUGGCAAAUGUACUUAUACAUUUGCAUCAGCGCUAACUCUCAGUCAUUCGCGAACACCGACUCUCUUGUCACGUGCGUCAAGAACUUUCUAGAAAGCCAUGACAUCAUUUUGGGGAUCUUGAAAAGCUACGUUGGACUCAGCAGAGCGAUCACAACUCUAUUAUACUCUGCGAUUUACUAUGAUGACACCAAGGCUUUGAUUCUCCUCAUUGGUUGGCUUUCUGCCACAAUCUCCGUCGUUUUCCUCUGA